UAGUAGAGAGUUUUCAUUUUUGCUAAUAAUAUUUUUUCUGUUUUUGUAAUUAUAAAGUUACUCUAAAAUUAAUUUUUAAUUUGAAAUUUGACAUUAAUAAAAAAAGUAUUUCAUAAAAAUGACUGACAUAAAGUUUGAUGUGGGAUUACUUGGAGCAAAUGACCAAUUUAGGAAUGGGUUUCAAUCAGCUCUUAAAGAUGCUGUAUCUAAACAUCCAUUAGAAGUAUCUGAGAAAAAUUAUUUUAAGAAUUCGGAAAGACGAGAGUUCUCUGCUACAAGAAGUGCACAUGGUCUUCAUAUGCCUAUGAAACUUCAAAUGGAACGAGCUGUUGCUUCACGAAUUCAAAGAAUAGCAGGUUUACCAAGUUCUAAUUUAGCAUUAAGGACCUUAAUGGGUAUAAAUGAUAUUUUAGGUCCUGAAGAUAUAUUCAAUGAUGUGUCUGAAGAGCUUGAGGAUUACCGAGUUUUUGGUGAUGGCAGAUUUUAGUUCGCUUUUGCUUUAACAUGACGUUAUUUUACUUUUUUUAUUUUGAAUAAAUGUUUUAUUGUA